AUGGCCCCCAAGAUCGAUAUCACGACCUACCCAGGAAACAUCAUAAACGGCGAGUUCGUGCCGACCCAGACGACGCGGCACUCAAUCGACCCGGCCACCGGCAAGCCUCUCUAUGAGGUGCCCGUGGCCCGCAAGGAAGACCUGGAUGCGGCCGUCAGCCAUGCGCGCGCCGCCUUCAAGACAUGGUCCAAGACGACGCACGAGGACCGGGCCAAGCUCCUGAGGGCCUUCGUCGACGCCGUCGAGGCGAAUCGCGAGGACCUCGAGAGGUUGCUGACCUUGGAGCAGGGCAAGCCGCUGGGCCUCUCCCAGACCGAAGUCGGAAUGGCGCUGCAUUGGCUCCGUACGUUCGCGACCAUGCAGCUGACCGACGAGGUGCUCGAGGACACGGAAGAGCGCACCAUCUACUCGACCCGCGUGCCGCUGGGAGUCGUCGGCGCCAUCGUCCCCUGGAACUGGCCGAUACUUCUCGGCCUGGGCAAGGUCGGCCCGGCGCUGAUGACUGGCAACACCGUCAUCAUGAAGCCGUCGCCCUUCACGCCCUACUGCGACCUGAAGCUCGGCGAGCUCGCCAUGACCAUCUUCCCUCCCGGUGUGUUCCAGGUGCUCAGCGGCGACGACGAGCUCGGCCCGUGGAUGACCGAACAUCCGGGCAUCAACAUGAUCAGCUUCACCGGCUCGAUCCCGACGGGCAAGAAGGUGGCCGCGAGCUGCGCAAAGACGCUGAAGCGCUACGUGCUCGAGCUAGGCGGCAACGACGCCGCCAUCGUGUGCGACGACGUGGACAUUGAGAAGUGCGUUCCCAAGAUCGCCACGAUGGCCUUCCUCAACUCGGGCCAGAUCUGCAUGCUGUGCAAGCGCAUCUACGUCCACGAGAAGAUCUACGACCAGUUCCGGGACUCCAUGGUCGAAUUCACCAAGAACCACAUCAAGACGGGCAGCGGCUUCGAGCCGGACGUCGUGGUCGGGCCGGUGCAGAACAGCAUGCAGUUCGAGAUCGUCAAGGACAUGUACGCGCAGAUCGCGAAAAGCGGGUGGAAGGCGGCGCUGGAGGGCCGGGUGCGCGAGCCGGGCAGGGGCUACUUCGUGGAGCCGGCCAUCAUCGACAACCCGCCCGACGACUCGCGCAUCGUGGUGGAGGAGCCGUUCGGCCCGAUCGUGCCGCUGCUGCGGUGGUCGGACGAGGAGGACGUCAUCCGGCGGGCGAACGGGCUCGAGACGGGCCUGGGCGCGUCGGUCUGGAGCAGGGACCUGGCGCGGGCCGAGCGCAUGGCGCGCCUCAUCGACGCCGGCAGCGUUUGGGUCAACUCGCACUUCGACGUCGCGCCCGACGUGCCGUUCGGCGGGCACAAGGAGAGCGGCAUUGGCAUGGAGUGGGGGCUGGAGGGCUUCAGGCACUUCACCAACUCGAGAAGCAUCUGGGUGUGGAAGAAGGUGUUUGACUAA